AUGAAACGAAGAAUUCAUAAUCGAAAUACUUUUCAGAUGAGACUUCAUAAAUUACAAUUUGAUGCAUGUCCAAUCUACAAUACCAUUCCGGCUUGUUCGAUCAUUCAAUCUUUGUCUUUCUUGUGCGACGGACUUGAGAACCGUAUGGGGAUAAGGCGCACAUUUUCUUUAUUGCUCACGCCACAGAUGAGAACUUUCAACACGAAUUAA